ACUGUAAUUUACGUCAUCUCGCAUAUAAUUGAGGCACACGUACCAUCUUACUACGAGCAUUUAAGCGGAGAUCAUAUCAUCCUCCCUAAAUAGCAGUAGCUCUCCCAAUCUACGCCCAAGUUACUCCUGUUCACAAUGGCUCACACCCCAAAUCCAGAAUCCCCAUUGCUCAAGCUCCCCCGCUUCUUCUCUCUCAAAGCCGACAAUGGUAAGUACCUCAUGCUCAAGUCCGAUGGCACCCUUGCAUUCGAGUCCGACACCACCACCCGGUACACCACACACGAGGCGGUCUACAAUGCCAAUGAUUCCAACGCCUCCUUCGUCAUUUGCUCCGCCAACAAGCACUUCUGGCGCCGCCACUCCUCCACCUCUGCCGUGGUAGCCGACCUCAAGAACCCGCCCAGCGACACCGAUGCCUCAAACCGGUUCAAGCUCCAGCCCGAGGUCGCCCCAGGAAAGGUGGCACUCUCCUCCGUCCAAGACGGUCUCUUCCUCAAGCGCUUCAACACCCAGUACCGCGCGUUGCUCGAGGAGCCCAAUGAGAUCUUUGCCAUGGUAGAAGUGGUGGAGUCGUCCUACUACGUUGUCAACAUGCCCGAGUACGUGGGUUUCAAAGGUAGCAAUGCCAAAUACCUCACGUGCUUGGUCGAUUACCCUGUCAUACUGGAUCCGUUCGCGCUCACAGAAGAAUCUGCUGACGUUCGUCUUACCACCCACCAGGUGGAGUAUCUCCUGAACGGCAAGAUAGCUCUUCGAUCCAACCAAGCCGCCUCCUGGACUUCAAACAAUUACUGGAAGGCGUCCCAGUGGAUUACACCGGACGGUGACACUCCCGACCACCCUGAAUGCCAGUUCGAUCCAGUCCGAGUGAACAGCACCACAGUUGCUCUCAAGAGUGCCAAUGGCCUCUACUGCAAGCGUGGAAGCCCGUCCUUCACCAACGCUCCGGACGCGAUCUUUGCUGAGGCAUCCGACUACGAGGAAACGUCAAGCCACCUCGUGGUCGAAGAAGCUGUGAUGAGCAGGCAAAUCUUUAACGUGACUUACCUGCUAGAUCUGGCGAGUGCAAGCGAGGAGGAGCCAAUCGGUGUCGCCUAUGGAUCUGCCACGAACAAGGGCAGUGAGCCUGCAGAGAUGGAGAUCAGCGUGAGCAAGACCACCACAGUGAGCAACACCAGGUCCUUCCACAACUCGUUCACCUUCUCCCAGAGCAUCACGCAGACUUUGACGCUCGGUGUGCCGUUCUUUGCCGACGAGAGCACCGAGAUCCAGAUCGGAGCCGAGCAAGAGUUUGGAAACCAGUGGGACGAGACUUUGUCCGAGGAAGUCGCUUAUCAGACGACUUACAAAGUGACGAUUCCUCCAGGGAAAACGGGAACUGUGCAGGUUGUGAUCAGCACUGCGAAACUGGCCGUCCCGUUCCACUACAAGACGAGGGACACGUCGCUCAAUGGUGUGGAGCGUGAGCCUGUGGAUCGCAUCGACGGUGUCUUUGAUGGUGUGCUGGCUUACAGGACUGAUGCGGAGAUAUAUGACGGUACCAAGACAUACCGCAUCCCUGUUCCCAUGAAACUCAACGUUACGAAAUAGAACACUCUACCUUGGUGAUAAUAAGAACUAAAAGAUCCGUACAAUCGCGAGUUAUAAAUAAAUCUGUACUAACACUGAAAAAUAUCCAUCCGCAUUCAUAUUUCGCGAACACCGUAUAGUAAAUCCAUACUUGAGAAAUGCCAGAUUCACCAACUUU